CCCUAGGUACAGGGAAAUGGAGAUUGCGAUGGCUGGAAUGUCGCUAGAUGAAGAUGGAGAAGAUGGAGGAGAGGACAUCGAGGGGGAUUCCAUGCACGUUUUCGUGGGCCAUGACGAGCCUGUGGUUUCCAUCGCUUGCUACUCAGCUCUGGUUGCUACUGGUGGCUGUGACAAGCGGGCAUUCAUCUGGAGGAUCGGUGAUGAAGCACCCCCUCUCCUCCUCCAAGGCCAUACAGAUAGUGUCACGGCCUUGGCAUUCAGUGGCGAUGGCCUUCUUCUCGCCUCCGGUGGAGCGGAUGGAGUUGUCAACAUAUGGAAUCCAUUUUCUGGCGAUCUGAGGCAUAGACUUGAAAGUCCGGGUGAAAUCGAGUGGAUCCAGUGGCACCCUCACGGCCAUGUUAUACUCGCUGGAUCCGAUUUUUCAUCGUGGAUGUGGAAUGCUGACAGUGGAGUUUUCAUGACCAUGUUUGUUGGGCACCAAGGCACAGUGGUGUGUGGAAGUUUUACACCCGAUGGGAAGCUAGUUUGCACAGGAUCUGAGGAGAGGUUUUCCGUUUGGGAUCCAAAAUCUGGAGCAUGUAUUCAUGGAGUGAAGCAAAAUGUUAAUUGCCUCGCCUUCAGCAAUGACUCCAAGCUCGUUCUCACAGGCGCAUCAUGUGGACUUGUCCGCCUUAUCAGCUUACAAAGUGGCAAAGUUCUUCACGAGUUCAAUGACGUGCACGACGCAUCGGUUGAGUGCGUUGCUAUGUCUCCCAGUUUGGCGCUAGCAGCCACGGGAGGACAGGACCAAAAACUCGUAAUCUGGGACUUCUACCACAGCUUCUCGCCACGAUUGACUUGCGAACACACGUCUGGGAUUUACAAGCUUGUGUGGUCGUGCAAUGGCGAGCAAGUCUUCACUGGCUGUGAGGAUGGCAAGCUCUGGCAGUGGGACGCAAGGAGUGGGGCGUGCUUGAGAACUUAUCGCGGUCAUGGCGAGAGCAUUCAAGGGAUGGCAGUAACAAGCGAUGGCCAGUUCCUUGUCUCUGCGUCAGACGACGAAACAGCACAGGUGUUCUUUGUUGGAACGAGCUAACGAAGAAAAUUUGUAGAGCAUGGCACGGGAUUCUGCAACGAAGACUCAUAUUCUUCUUCUGUUCGAAUGUCAACCUGGAUCAUCUUUAGUUUCGGACGUGAAAAUCACUUUGAUCAUUUUGACUUCGCAUUAACCUGCAUUGACUUUCAUUGACUUGAAUAUAUUGUCUUUGCAUGACUUCCAUUGA